UAUAUUAUUGUAUUAAUGUUCAGAUGUUUAUAGUUGGUAUUUGACUCCAAAAUCUUAUAUAGAUCGGAUAGAUUUCAAAGAAAAAUUGAUAUCAAAACGGUUGUAUCCGUGGGAUUAAUAAAAACAUUUUUAAAAAGCUGGAAAAUAAAUAAAAGCUCAAAAAAAAAAAUUCAUACAUAUAUCUUCAAGAAGUGGGGGCUCACAUGUCAGCUUCAUGGGAUUCAAUCGGCCGGCUAAGAAAAAGAUUACUAAGAAGGCUACGUGGGACCCACGUGAACAGGGGGGGGACUCGUGCCCACACGUCCUUUGGUCCAUCCAUCUUUCCAAAUCGGACGGUGCUGAUUAGUUCCGGUUUAAAGCUAUUGAUAGUUUGAUACCAUCACUAAAUAGUUUUAAUUAAUAUUUUAAAAUCAAGUGGCAAUCUAAUCUUUAAUCACGUAAUUAUAAAUUGAAUUUUCAAAGCAAAAAAGGAGUUUAGCUGUCCAUUUUUAGUGGUGUCCGAAUAAAAACCCUGUCGUCUGGAGGGAAGACAUAACCGACCGUUGCUUCUUUUACUUUCCAAAUAAACCGUUCAAUUUUUUAAUUAAUUGCAUAUACAAGAAGAGUUGAAUUUUCGAAAGUGUCCAUGUGAGAGAGAGUAGUCUGAGAUUCGCUGCGGUGUGCACCACCGUAGCUAAAAAGUAGUAUCUGAUUCUCUCAACUCUCAAGCCCAGUGGCAAUAAACCAGGACCGGUUAUCUCCGAGAUAGCUAAUUUCAUUAUCUUAAUAAAACAAUAAACCGAAACCGGUUAUUUCCGAGUUGAUAUCUUCUUCUUCUUCUUCUUCUUCUUGUUCAGCGACUCUGUAGCACAGAGAGACCAAAACAGAGAAUCAAAGAAUAUAUUCGGACCAACUUGUAUGUGAUUCUUUCGGACAAGAAGCGAUGAUGAGGGGAUCUCGGUUUCUCCUCUCUCGCGCUUCUCUUUCUUAUCGUCUUCGCUCUGAUUUUCAUCAUCAUCACAAUUUCAUCAAGCGUAGCUCAAUUCAAAGAUCACCAGCUAUCAAUGCAUUCCUCUCCGAUGCUUCUCCAUCUCCAUCUCCGGUCAACGCACGCGUCGUGUUCUUCUCCACUUCAACUUCAGCUCCAAAUCAAGAUCAAGAUCAAACCACCACUAAAUCUCAUAAACAAAUCAACACGACGUCGUCUCAAAAGAUCCUCCGCACGAUUUCAAGCUAUCUAUGGAUGAAAGACAACCCAGAACUCCGAUUCAGAGUCAUCGCUGCUUUAGCGUGUCUAUUAGGAGCUAAGUUCUUGAAUGUUCAAGUUCCUUUCCUCUUCAAAUUAGCUAUCGAUUUACUCUCUUCAUCUUCAUCAACAAUCGCUGAUUCAAAUCUUUAUCUUCUUGCUGCUUUCGCUACUCCUUCUUCUGUUCUCAUUGGUUAUGGCAUUGCUCGAUCUGGAUCUUCUGCUUUUAACGAGCUUCGUACUGCUGUUUUCUCUAAAGUAGCUCUCCGUACAAUACGAUCCGUUUCUCGUAAAGUGCUCUCGCAUUUACACGAUCUUGAUCUUCGUUACCAUUUGAAUCGAGAAACAGGAGCUUUGAAUAGAAUCAUUGAUCGUGGAAGCCGCGCUAUUAACACGAUCCUCUCAGCUAUGGUUUUCAAUGUUGUUCCCACGAUCUUGGAGAUAUCUAUGGUCACAGGUAUAUUAGCAUACAAUUUUGGACCUGUUUUUGCUUUGAUCACUUCUCUUUCCGUUGGAUCAUACAUUGCUUUCACAUUGGUUGUGACACAAUGGAGAACUAAGUUUAGAUUAGCUAUGAAUAAAGCUGAUAAUGAUGCUAGCACAAGAGCUAUUGAUUCUCUUAUAAACUACGAGACUGUUAAGUAUUUCAAUAACGAAGAUUACGAAGGGAGAAAGUACGAUGAUUUACUCGAAAGAUAUGAAGAUGCUGCAUUGCAAACUCAGAAAAGUCUUGCCUUUUUAGAUUUUGGACAGAGUUUUAUAUUUAGUACAGCUUUGUCAACAUCAAUGGUGUUGUGUUCUCAAGGGAUUAUGAAUGGAGAGAUGACAGUUGGUGAUUUGGUGAUGGUGAAUGGUCUUCUCUUUCAAUUGUCUCUUCCUCUUUACUUUCUCGGUGGUGUUUACCGCGAAACCGUUCAGAGCCUUGUGGAUAUGAAAUCAAUGUUCCAGUUGCUAGAGGAGAGAUCCGAUAUCGGAGAUAAAGAUACAAAUACAAAGCUUCCUCUUCUUGUUCUGAAAGGUGGAAGUAUUAGUUUUGAGAAUGUACACUUUAGUUAUCUACCGGAGAGGAAGAUUUUAGAUGGGAUUUCAUUUGAGGUACCGGCGGGGAAAAGUGUGGCGAUUGUUGGUAGUAGCGGAAGCGGAAAAUCGACGAUUCUUAGAAUGAUAUUUAGAUUCUUUGACACAGAUUCCGGAAAUGUAAAGAUUGAUGGUCAGGAUAUAAAGGAAGUGAGAUUAGAGAGUCUUCGAAGCUCCAUUGGAGUUGUCCCUCAAGAUACUGUGCUCUUCAAUGACACAAUAUUUCACAACAUUCACUAUGGAAACCUUUCAGCAACAGAGGAAGAGGUGUACGAUGCAGCUCGGCGAGCAGCGAUUCACGAUACGAUCAUGAAAUUCCCGGAUAAAUAUAGGACCGCGGUGGGAGAAAGAGGGUUGAUGCUGAGUGGUGGAGAGAAACAAAGAUUGGCCCUGGCUCGUGCAUUUCUGAAAGCACCUGCAAUCCUGUUGUGUGACGAAGCAACGAGUGCGCUUGACAGUAAAACCGAGGCAGAGAUAAUGAAAACGUUCAGGUCGGUAGCGAGUAACAGAACUUGCGUCUUCAUUGCACAUAGGCUGACCACUGCGAUGCAAUGUGAUGAAAUAAUAGUAAUGGAGAAAGGGAAAGUAGUGGAAAAAGGGACACACCAAGUGUUGUUGGGGAAAUCUGGGAGAUACGCCAAUUUGUGGACACAACAAAACAGUAAAUUGGAGGUGGAAACGAAUCAGACCAAACUGUUUUUAUUGUUCGGACAAGAAGCAAUGAUGAGGGUAUCUCAGCUCCAACUCUGUCACACUUCUCUGUCUUACCGUCUUCGCUCUGGUUAUCAUCAUCAUCAUGUUCAUCACAGUUUCUCCAGGCUCAUCAAACGUAACUCAAUUCUUGAAUCUGCACCUAUCAAUGCAUAUAACUCUAAUCCAUCUCCGAUCACUCCAAUGGUCAACGCACGCGUUAUGUUCUUCUCAACUUCAACUUCAGCUCCAAAUCAAGAUCAGACCACCUCUAAACCUGAUAAUCAAAUCAACACGACGUCGUCGGAGAAGAUCCUCCGCAUGAUUUCAAGCUACCUAUGGAUGAAAGACAACCCAAAACUACGUUUCAGAGUCAUCACUGCUUUAGCGUGUCUCGUGGGAGCCAAGUUCUUGAAUGUUCAAGUUCCUUUCCUCUUCAAAGUAGCUAUAGAUUGGCUCUCUUCAUCUUCAUUUGUUGAUUCAAAUCCUUUUCUAGUUGCUGCUUUCGCUACUCCUUCCUCUGUUCUCAUUGGUUAUGGCAUUGCUCGAUCUGGAUCUUCCGCUUUUAACGAGCUUCGUACUAGUGUUUUCUCCAAAGUAGCUCUCCACACCAUACGAACCAUCUCUAGAAAAGUGCUCUCGCGUUUACACGAUCUCGAUCUUCGUUACCACUUGAAUCGAGAAACAGGUGCUUUGAACAGAAUCAUUGAUCGUGGAAGCCGCGCUAUAAACACGAUUCUCUCAGCUAUGGUUUUCAACAUUGUUCCCACGAUCUUGGAGAUAUCAAUGGUCUCAUUUACAUUAGCAUACAAAUUCGGAGUUGUCUAUGCAUUGAUUACUUGUCUUUCUGUUGGAUCAUAUAUAGCUUUCACAUUGGCUUUGACACAGUGGAGAAUCAAGAUUAGAAAAGCUAUGAAUGAAGCCGAAAACGAUGCUAGCACAAGAGCCAUUGACUCUCUCAUAAACUACGAGACUGUUAAGUAUUUCAACAACGAAGAUUACGAAGCUCGAAAGUAUGAUCAGUUACACGAAAAUUACGAAGAUGCUGCAUUGCAAAGUCGGAAAAGUUUUGCCUUGUUAAAUUUUGGACAGAGUGUUAUAUUUAGCACAGCUUUGUCAACAGCAAUGGUGUUGUGUUCUCAAGGGAUUAUGAAUGGUCAGAUGACAGUUGGUGAUUUGGUGAUGGUGAAUGGUCUUCUCUUUCAAUUGUCUCUUCCUCUUUAUUUUCUCGGUGUUGUUUAUAGCGACACCGUUCAGGGCCUUGUGGACAUGAAAUCCAUGUUCAAGUAGCUAGAGGAAAGAUCCGAUAUCGGAGAUAAAGAUAUAGACAGGAAGUUCCCUCCUCUUGUUCUGAAAGGUGGAAGCAUUAGUUUUGAGAAUGUACACUUUAGUUAUCUGCCGGAGAGAAAGAUUUUAGAUGGGAUUUCAUUUGAGGUACCGGCGGGGAAAAGUGUGGCGAUUGUUGGUAGUAGCGGAAGCGGAAAAUCGACGAUUCUUAGAAUGAUAUUCAGAUUCUUUGACACAGAUUCCGGAAAUGUAAAGAUUGAUGGUCAGAAUAUAAAGGAAGUGAGUUUGAAGAGUCUUCGAAGCUCCAUUGGAGUUGUCCCUCAAGAUACUGUAAGUUGACAUUUUCACUAUAAUUUUGAUAGUUUUAUAUUUAACAUGUCACUGUUCUCAAAACACAAAAUGCAAGAUUUAAAACUAAAAAUAAACUACAUAUACAACUAUAAUAUCAGCGAUAUAUACCAAUCGUAUUAAUAUCCUUAAUUCACAUGG